AUUCGGGGAAUUUAAUUAAUGCUUUUUUUCUCAUUAGUCAUUUAACUCCGCCGAAAAAAGGAGUUAACAAAGAAAAUAGUCUCAGUUGUUGAGACUUGAGUUCCCUAUACGGAAAUCGGAGCCGAGUACACAUUGUUACAUAGAUGAGAUCAUUCGAGACGAAACAACAUGUCAAUGCAAAGGGAAAUUGGGGGGAAAAAACGGAGUAGAAAAAAUCAAACGUUGAAAAAUGAUUAAAAUAAUAGCAUUGUUUUCUAAGACGGAAGAAGACAAUUGGAAGAACUUAAGCAUAUAAUGGAGAACUUAGGCAGAAGAGGGUGAACAACCCAUAGUUGGUUGAGUUUAUUGCUUUCUUUGAAUUGACAUUAUAGCCAUGCUCAAUUUUUUCUAUUAAGGUAUUCUGAAUAGAUAUUUCAAAAACUUCUCGCUAAUGGUGCAAAAGACUGUUUUGAAGGUUGAUGUUUCUUGUGAUAAAUGCAAGAAGAAGAUCCUCAAAGCAGUUUCAGGACUGCCAGGUGUGGAAAAAAUUGAAAUUGAUGGAGCAAAGGGGACUUUGAGUGUAACGGGUGAUGCUGACCCAUACGAGGUCAUUGUGAGAUCGAGGAAAGCUGGGAAAUUUGUGGAAGUGGUCAGUAUUGGGCCUCCAGCAGCUCCUCCAAAACCAGAUGGACAGAAAAAGGCCGAAGAGCAGAAACCCAAACCCCAGGCCCAGAUGUAUGCUCCUCCCCCUCCAGUUAUGCCCCCAGUUUGUGCUGUCUGUCAGGGAAUAGCACCAGUCGUUCAUGUUACGCGCAGGGAAGAACCCACCCCACAAUGCUCUAUUUUGUAGUAGCUCUUAGUUUUGCACAAUUUUGAAAGAAGAAAAGAGAAGUCCAAUAAUGUCGGCAAAUGAGUUAUAAGUUCGAAUAUAUAGAUGACCAGUCUAAUAUAUUUGUAAACAUCUUCAUUUAA